GUUUGGUUCACAGCAUUAGAUUGCCUGACAGCACAACGCUGGAGGAAUUUUGGUAAGAGAGAGCAGCUGUUGCUUCUAGGUUCUACUUCUACACCAAAAAAAAUGACGGCGAUUGUUUCUGCCAAUGGCGGUACUAGUGGAGAACAAGAACAAGAGCGACUCACACCGAUCGCUACCUGCGAUGUCGUCGCCUGCAGCAUCGUCUCCCCCUCACAUCUGGCAGUGCAUCCGCUAGUAGCGCAUCCGCUGGAUCGUACUAGGAAAAUUUCUGACAUUGACUUCAUUAUCAGUUUGACUUUAGAUUCUUUUUCAUCAGGAUCAGGAUCAGACUCCACCCUGCUUACUAGGCAUAUGCUGACGCUGAGUCAACUCAGAUGAAGAGAAUAGUUUGUGACUUUCUAUUUCAACAUCGUGAUGAUCCACCAUAAUGCGUACUUUCAGCCUUGACUGUCCCGAAAAGCAUAGCCUUGACGGCGGCUGAGACGACGCAUUAUCGUGGCGAAGAAGUUCAGGCUUUCCUUGGCGGAUUUCAUGGCCAGGCAUUUCUUGGCGAAAAAGCUGGGUACUUAAUUGAAAGUAUUAGAACUACAGACGCACACGCAUCAUGAUGUAGUUGUGUCUCCAAAAACUCCUAUUUAAUCAGACGAGAUGAAGAUGAGCAUGAAGCUGAAGUUGUAUUAUACUGUAGAAUCUGAAUUUGUGUUUGCUAGGCAACGUUCUUUGUAGUUCUUACGCUGACUCUUGUUUUCGUGGAACUUGUAUUCAAAGAUAGAAGUCUAUUCAUACAUCCACCAGGUUAUCGGGCAACAAGGAUUUGUUCAUGAUUUUACCUGUUCGACACAACGCCGAAAUUUGGAAUUCGAAGCUGUUACGUGCUAGCUUGAGCUUUACCGCAACAAAAAUGGUGAAAGUUGUAGCUCUUGCAGGAGGAGUCGGAAUUGGAGAACCACAAAUGCUUACACCAAUUUUUGCCUACGGCGUCGUCUUCCCCUUCGCCUCACUUCCAGAAGUGCAUUUGCUGGCACGUACUAGGAAGUUUUCCAGUAAUGUCAUUGCAGAUCAUUCUUGUUCAUCAGAGGGCCACUGAGGACAUUCAUCAAGACAUGUGUGCUAUGUGAGUAGAAGACUCAGAUGAAGAGAAUAGUUUGAGACUUCUAUCCUCAACAUCAUGAUCCAGGUAGAAAAACAAGGCGGUAACCAGCUACUAGGGAUAGAGUAGAUGAGUACUUCUUUGUAAAAGAACCAUUUCAGGUCCUCUCAUCUACGACGAUUUUCGUGCCAUCCGAACUAUCCCGACUGAGCUGCAGUUGCCGCUUUAUAUGUAUGUCCCGAAGAGCAUAAACGUGGUGUUGACGCUGGCCGAGAUGUUGACGUAUUAUAAUGGCGAAAAAGCUCAGCUUCAGGCAUUUCUUGGCGGACAUCAACGUGGUCAGACGUUCCUACGCGAACACCUACAUCAUGGCCAAGCAUUCCUUGGCGAAAAAGCUGCGUACUCAUUCUCGUUAUGUCUAUCUACGAAAGCCCUUGUAGUUUUUACUCUUAGGCGUACUGUCCAUGUCCUACUUCUCGUUCUCAUAAUGAAAAACGGUAAAGCUAUGAUUUGAGCCGAAGUAUCAUGCUGUUGUUCCUCAAUAUCAAACGAUUUUUGUCACACGUUCAGGCUACUGCGAAACUACAAGGAGCUUUUCACGAUGUUGCCUGUUAAUGCUUCAACAAAUUUUGAAGACAGCUGCCGUGAACUCGUCCAAGGCCGACGCCGCAACAAAACCAGAGUCAUUACGGCUAUACUCAAGUUUUAACUAUCUUCAGUCACAGUAGUUAAUACCACUAUAAUUGCCUUUUUAAUCAAACUAAGUAGCUUGAAAUUUUUAUAGUGCUAUUCCAGGUCAGCGUCAGGAAUUUCCUGACCGUUAGCCUUUUUGAAUAUUGUCAGUCUCAUUCUGAAGAGAUAUCUUUCCUCUCACCUCUCAACUUUUCUUCGAGAGCAUGACUGUAGCACGACCAAAACCGAUUUCCUCCUAAGUUAACUUAAGUAUUAGGCUCGAAGCAGGUUGAUCUUGAAGGAAAGUGGAGAAUUGACAUAAGCACAACAGAGAAAGAUAAUAUUGUGAAUUUGAAAAAUAUUACGACUUCUAAUAUUAGUCGGAGAGAAGCCAUUGGCGAUCACGGAGGUAGAGCAAAGGGUGAGGAAAAGUCGAAAAAGUUGCGCUCUUCAUGCUCUCGCCGCUCUUGUUCUACGUUCGCCCGAAGAAGUGUUAUGAGAUGUGUUAAAGUCUCUUGUGUAACUCUUGCUCCUAUGUCUAUGAUGAGUCUCCUUUUUGUGCAACAUGAACAUGCUUCUGUGCUACUUUAGCAGUACUAUCAUGAUGUAUACGGAGGCGCUUGCUAGAUCCUAAUUACUUCACAGCUAGUACCAGAACAAAAAUGUUGACCAUGACUUGUUCUGCAAAUUGUACAUCGGGUUUUCAAGAUGCUAGCUUCAUCUUAUCCUUGGUAUUUAUACUUAUGUUAGUAUGGCGGGUUUUCGUCCUUUUCUUCAACUUCCCACUGAUUGACGAGAGUUUCAGUUUCAUGGAUAUGCUAUUACGUUCACUAGAAGCUUAUGCUCUCACUCUCACCUCUAAGAGUGCUGCCAUGGCUGUCGCGUCUUACGCUGUGCUAGCCUUACAGACGAACAAUGACCAACGUCCUGCAAAGCACAGACCGACAUCGUUAAGGCGACUUGUAGUUUUCAUAGGCACUGUUUGCCUCUCAAAAAUAACAACAACAACAACAACAACAAGAAGUUCAAGUAUUUUGCUAGUACUGCUGCUAAAUUCAUAAUAACUCUCAACAAUGCCAAGUUCAAGUAUCGUGUGCAAAAGACGAAGAUGAUAUUCUUGAGACGAUAUAUUACCACAAAUUUCAGGGAUAUUAUUAUCUAUCAACUGAUACGGGUCGUGCGGCUACUGCUAGCUCUAACAUCGAUGGCGGGCGACGUCAACAGCCAGGGUGAGACGGACAUCGAGAUCACACCUGAAGAAACCGCUUUUGCGCUCGUCCCUAGUAGCGGACCUGCGUCAUUUGUCAAUGUCAACGUCAAGAAAAGCAGUGCGUUUGGAAAAGGAAUCUCCCUUUUUGCGACGAAGUUUCUCGGUUCCAACACGCCGAAAGAACAAGACAGUACAUGCUUAUUACUUCUUACUUUGCAUAGAUACCUGCACUUGAUCAUAUGACUUCUAUUUUUCUUCGUGGUACAUGAGUAUGAAAUUGAAAAUAUAUUUUGGAUGUUAGUUCCCAUCUGUAGUCCUCCAAUUCUCCUGCACAGGCGGAAGCUUGUCCAGGCCGCCCCUGAUGGCUACUUCUGAAGAUAAGGAUGAAAUGGAGCAGGUUUCCGAGUCCAGCACGCCGAAAGAAGACAGUACAUGCCUACUUAUCAUUUCUUGCUUUGCAUAGAUACUUGAUGACUUUUUCUUCGCGAUACACGAGAAGAAACGAACAAUUUUUGGAUUUUAGCACCUUCCAGUGGUCCAACGUUGAUCCAAUUCUCAUGCACCAGGCCAGCCGCAGCCACGUUACUCUUACUGCGCGCCGCCGGAGUUCGCUGUGAGCUCAAUGACAACAUUGGGGGUCCCUUCUGUUCUUGGGCUGACGAGCGACGAGUACACUGGGCUAAAGAGAGCCGGUCGUGAAGAGAAGAGAUACAGGCUCAACGCCGCAGCUAAAGACGAUGAGAACUACAAGCUGAACGAUUAUUCUUGUCUCGAUUUGGGACCAUCAAACACCGGCUCAGGUGGAUAUUACGAUGAUGAGACUGGCGACCUCGUUGAUGAGAGCGACUACCUGUUCUUCAAGAGAAAAGCAUCGACAUCGACUGACUCGUUGGACUUUGCUAACGCCUGGAAGAGUCCGGGUAGCGCAUGCCAUUUUAUGAUACCUAACAACAAGAACCCCAAGCCUUACUGGUCGAGUAGAAUAAGGCAACUACGAAAACAAGAACUAGAACUGGACUCACUUGGCUAUUGUUGCUGGAAUCAAGAAGAAGCAUCAACAGACUUACUGCGACACGCGGACCACUCUUAAUAUAAUUUGCCAACCAGAAGAACUAGAACGAAAGAGAAGAGUCUUACAACACUUACUACAACCACUCCAGCGGAUGAUGACACGUAGAAUCGCCUCUAAUUUCACACCCUUACUCGAUGCGAGACCGCGCCCGAGGCAGCUUGGCGAGUGCGUUUUGAUGAAGAUCAGCCAGGGAGAGGCUUCCAUUGGGAACACGGACCAGGGCGCUGCGUCUCGAGUGGAUUGCGUGAUUACAACCUGCAGUACAUGCCUAUCGAUUCUUGCAGGAUGUUUUUACUUGUGCUUGUUGAUCGUUUAUAUGACCACUAUUUCUAUUUUUCUUCGUCAUGAAAACAAAUUUCUGAUUUUGAUUCCUUCCAGUGAUCUAAUGCUGAUCCAAUUCUCAUGCCCAGGUAAUGAAAUCUGGUCCAGGCCGCCGAGGAUGGUGGUGCUUGAUGGGUACACGCAAUAUGUGGACGAUGAGCCUCAACGACCCGAUAUUACAAAGGAAGAGCGGCUGGCCAUUACAAGACAUAAAAUAUCCAACAUCGACGAGAGGAAGCCCAUUAGCCGAAACCAAUUGUCGCACGUGCGACAAAUUGAUUCGGAGUUACAUGCACUUCAAGUUCAACGAUUGCCGAUACUGUCAAAAUGCGUAGAUUUAUCCGAAGGCAACUUUAAGGCCAAGGGAAACAGGUCUCCAACCUUCAGUUAUAUCUAUGGGAAAGCUAAUCACAACUAUCGAUCCUCCGUAUGUUCUGAGAAAGGUUAAGUAUAGGAUGAUUAGUUUUAGAUCGAAACCGAUCGAUACUUGAUGUCCUGAAGGAAAAUCGGUUUUUUAGAAGCGAGUUAGAGUUUGUCUCGUCAGAUCGCCUACAAGAUAGCUUUCUUAGCCGUAGUUUGGGUCUUUUGUCGCUCUAAACAGGACAUGUUUCGGACGUGUGAGGAGGUAUCUUUUGAUGAAGCGACGGAAAGGUCUGUGUCUGGUUCUCCCAGCAACAUUCUAUGUUUAGAUAGCAGCAUCGAGUGGGACGAUGGUACUGGAUAUAGCGCGCUCAAUGUUGAUGGUCAAUAUAAGUUUGUUUUGGAGAGGCAGGACGGUUUCGAUCCGGCCAACGCAGACGCGUUUUGGAAGAAGCAAGGGAGCCCGUGUAAUGUUAUGAGAGCAGAGAUAUAUCGCCUUACUAUUUUCCGUAUGUUCCCUUCCAACGAACAGUAUGUGUAUGAGUAUGCAGGAGUAUCUCAAUCCCGUUAGAUUCAACAAUUUUUUGAUUUGAGAUCUGCUCAUCUCUUCUAACUAUUUAGACCGACGUUUGAAGGCUCCACGUCCACCUCCAGUUGAAGUUGUAUUGCAAUCUAUCGUCGACCCGGAAAGCAUUGUCAAGAAGAAUCGGGGAGGAAAUUUGCUGACCACCGCGUUUGCGGAAGGGGUUUGUAUGGUGAAAGAAGAGGGGAAGGUUGCGUGCACCUCCGAAGUAGAUGGUUUUCAUCGACCAAGAGCAAAAGAGGAUUGUAGAGAUGAGCAGGAUAAAGCCGGGUACGUGAAGACUUACUAUCGCACUGAGUCGGUUUGCAUGCGUUACUGCGAGCCACCGAAGUUCGCUGUCACCAGAUCCGGAACUGCUGGAGGAAAUGAGAUUGCUGCUGUUGUUGGCCUGACGGACGAGGCAACGUACAGGUCCCUGAGGGAAUCCGAACCUAGUGCAAGCCGACAAGCGCAAUUCGAAAAGAUCAAACAAGAUGAAAAUCUGAACCAUCAUUCUUGUCUCGAUCUUUCAACUGAAACUCAUUCAGCUGCAUACAACACAGACAAUAACGCUGCCGGCCUUCGCCUCGAUUAUGACCCUGCCUUCCACUUCUUCACGAGAAAGGCAUCAUAUGGAGAUAACCUUAAUUAUAAGUUCUUGUUCUUGGGUUUCGCAGGCGCAUGGAAGGGGGUGGAUAGCGAAUGCAUGCUUAUGAUGAGAACCAUCAUUAGUGGUCGAGUAGGAUACUACCGCAAAAACAAGAACUACAACGAACUGGAUUAAUUCGGUUUGAAUCAAAAAUGGACACUUGACCCAUUGAUGUAGUUCGUGAACCAGAAGAACUACACAAGAGGAGCUCGCUUCGUAUCAUUGACAUUGUCAUUACACGGCUUGUUUAUGUUUUACAACACUCAUUAUCUAUCAUUUUCACAGCAGAUGAUAACACGUAGAACUACCACAACCACCACUAAUUUCAUUAGCGAUGGGACCACGAUUGGCAAAUGCGUUUUGGAGGAAGACCACAUCCACGGUUGCGUGAUUACAACCUGCCAACCACAAGGAGUCGCGUAA